AUGGCCGACCGCGCUUCCUCCGUUUCCACCGCGACCAGCCCCACGCUGCGCUGGUCCAAGCUCCCCUUCUUCGAGGAGCGGCCGCUCGGCUCGCCGUCGCUCCUGCGUGCCGGCCUCGUCGCGGUGUGCGCCACGCCCGACGGCGGCGUCGCGCUCGCCGACGACUCUGGCGUCGUCCACCUGCUCGACCGGGCGCUCUCCGAGUGGUGCUCCUUUGGUGCGCACACCCGCGGCGUGAGCCACCUGCUUGCGCCGGCAGAGGACGUGCCGCCUCCGCCGCCUCCGCCCUCGGUCGCCGCUAACGCCGCGGCGGACGCGCCGCCACCGGACGUGCUCCUUCUAACCUUUGGGCGGGAGUCGGACAGCAGCGGCAGCUCCUCGGGCGCGUGGGCGUACAUGCGCGUCUGGGCGCCGCAGGCCGGCACCAGCACCGCCGAGUGCCUCGGUCACACGCGCAUCUUCGGCGGCAGCGGCGCUGAGCCGGCGGUCACGGCAGUCGCCGCCGCAGAGGGCGGCCGGCUGGUGGCGGUCGGCGCGUCCGACGGCAGCGUCUCCUUGCUUCGGUGCGCCGACCCGCGGACAGAGCGCGGGCUCCGGUUCCGGGCGCUGCAGUGCAUGCCCCCGCCGCAGCUCGCCGGCGCGCGCGAUCUGCUGCCCGAGCUGCUGCCCGGCACCAUCGCCGAGCCGCUGCGGCCGGCGGCGCAGAGCGCAGUCAGUCUGACCGGACUCCACUUUGGGUCUCCUCCGGCCGACUCGGACGACUUCUUCGCGCGGCAGCUCUUCGCCGUCACGCCACUCGCCGUGGUGGGCAUCCGGCUCGGCGGCGGCGGCGGCGAGUCGCGUCGGGCCGAGCUCGCCGUCGGCAGGCCGGAGGCGGUCUUCUUCUACUCAGCCGAAGACGCCUCCCGCGCAUUUGCCUUUGAAGGCACCCCGCUCCCCUCCAGCCGCCGCGGCCCUAGCCGGCAGCCCUGGCUCCCGCGCGCGCGCGCCGCCGCCGCCGCAUUCCCCCGCAGCUGCCCGAAGAUCGCCCUCGGCUGGCAGCAAACCUCCCUCGUCGUGUGCACGCGCGCGGCGGUGGCGGUGGCCGGCCGCGGCGGCGGCGCGGCCGACGGCUCGGCGGUGCACGUCUACGACUUGCGCCACCGAUGCAUCGCGCACACCGCCUCGCUGCCGUGCGACGAGCGGCCUCUCGCCGCGAAGCUCGACGCGCUCUUCCGCUCCAACCUCUACGGCGUCGCCCUCUCCCUCGCGGAGGCACAGGCGCUGCAGCCGUCCGCACUCGGCGAGGUCCGGCUGCGAUACGCGCAGCACCUCCACUCCCGGGGCGAGCUCCCCGCCGCAGCAGAGCAGUACGCCGCCACUGUCGGAGUCGUCGAGCCCUCGCGCGUCGUCCGGCUCCUCCUCGCGCCGCAAGACGCGCCGCUCCUCCUCUCGCACCUGCAGGCGCUGCUGGCGCACACUUGCUCCAGGCGCACCCUGCAGCCGCACGCCGGUGGCGCCGCCGCCGCCGAUGGCGCCAAGGAGCACGCGGCGCUGCUGCUGGCGACGGCGCUCCAGCUGCGCGACGCGGCGGCGGUCGACGCGUUCGUGGACGCGGCGUGCGGCCAAGGGGUGCGCGUCGCCCCAGACGUGAACGUGGACGCCGCCAUCGACGCUUGCCGCUGCGCGGGCUUCCCGCGCGCCGCGCUGCGGCUCGCACGCCACUUUGGCCCCGUCGAGGAGGCGAUCUCCGUCUUGCUGGACGACCUCGCGGACGCGCCCGCCGCCCUCUCCCUCCUCGCCGAGCUGCCGCCGCCGCGCGCCGGGCGAGCGCUGGCGGUGCACGGCCGCUCACUGCUGCGCGAGUGGCCGCGCCCCACUCUCGAUUUGUUGCUCACCCGCCUCGUCGCGCCCUCGGCGCGCAACAAGCUUCCGCCCCCCCUAGCCGAGCCCGGGGGCGGCUUCCCGGUCCUCGGCUUCAUGGGGGGCGACGAGGGGCAGCUCGGCCUCGAGGAGGUGGUCGGGCUCUUUGACACGCGCCCCGGCUGGCUCACUCUCCUCCUCGAGCGCAUCCACGCCGCCGAGACGCCGCAGGACGCGCGCACCCCCGGCCGCGGCUGGGAGACGCUGCUGCGCCUCUACCUCGAGCCAGACGACGCAGCCUCGCCCCACGGAGGGUCCAGCUCGGAGCCGCCGUCGCCGAGGACGCCUCCCGCGCGGACGCCGCCCUCGAGCCCGGCGCGAGGCGGCGACGCGCCGCCCCUCGCUCGGGCGGAGCGCCACGCGCGCGCCAUCGCGCUGCUGCAGCGCGCGCCGCUCGGCAGCGAGGAGCUGCGCCGCGCGCGCCUCGCGCACGGCUUCGACGCGGGGCUCGGGCUGCUCUACGCUGCGCAGGAGCAGCCGUCUGCCCUCCUCCGCCACCAGGCCGAGACGCGGCAGUACGACGCGCUCAUCGCAACUUGCACCGCGCGCGGGGCAACGCAGCCACACCUGUGGUUGGAUGCGCUGCGCCACGUGGCUUCGCUCGACGACGGCGAGGGCGGAGUCCCUCCUGCAGCGAGGCAGCGCAUCAUCGCCGAGGUGGUGGCUGCCGCAGAGCGCGAAGGGCUGCUGCCGCCUCUCGCACUGGUGGAGGCGCUCUCUGCGCACGAAGGCACGCCGCUCUCGCUGGUCGUGCCGCUCCUCCGCGCCAGCCUCGCCCGCGACGAGGCGCUCGUCUCCGAGGCGCACGCGGAGGCGGCCCGCUUCGCGACGGACGCGGCCAGAUUCGAGGCGGAGGCGACGGCGCUGGCGAACACGCCGCGCGUCUUCCAGCGCUCGAUCUGCUCAAAGUGCUCGGCACCGGUCGAGCCGCCGUCGGUGCACUUCCUCUGUGGCCACUCCUUCCAUGCGAACUGCCUCGCAGACGGCACGGCUGCCCAGGACGCGGAGCCAGAGUGCCCAACUUGCGCGCCGCAGCGACGGCGAGUGCGCGAGCACGCCGCGAUGGUGGCCUCGCGUGCCGUCGCGCACGACGACUUUUACCGGCAGCUCGAUGAGGCGGCCGACGGCUUUGGCGUCGUGGCCGAUUUUUUUUCAAAGGGCGUGCUUUCGCCUCUAGGGCGGUGA